UCGAGGUUUGAGCCUUUGACUGGAAUUGAACCUGGGACCCUUCAGUCUGUGGGCCGAUGCUCUACCCACUGAGCCAAACAGGCCAGGGCCAGAGCUGCUUCUUAUGUUAGGAAACAUGCCCAAGAUUUCACAACCAGUAAAUGGCAUAGCCAGGAUUCAAACUCAGGUAUCCUGGCUGCAGACUCCAGACACAUAAUCACUACUCUGCCUCUAAGAUUCACUUAAUGAGUUGAUACAAUUAUUACAUAAAGCAGUAAUUGCAUAGGUAAUAAUUCUUCUGAGUCGCAGCAAACAAAUUUAGGGAAACUUUUAUGCAUUUUUCACAAUGGACUUUUCAUGCAUUUGCAAUAGUGGUGUUGGGAAAAUAAGCAUAUAAAGGACAGAAGGUAUCCUUGCUUCUCAAAACCUCGUUUCCACAUGGUGAGAAAUUAUAAACUAUUAUCUCCUUUCCAAAAACCAAACACCUGAACCAACUAACAUGCAAAGGCCAGACUUCUUGGCACGUCCACAGAAAAGCACUCCACAUAAGACGCAGAAAGCUUUUAAUAUCAUCAAGGAAGUUUUGCAAUUCAAACAACACACAAAACCGCAUGACUCGGCAAUUCUACCUCUAGGUAGAGCACCCAAGACAACCAAAGACCGAUAUUCAAACAAAAUACUCCGGGCAGCACUAGCCACAAUGAUGCUAUUCACAGCAGCCAGGAUGUCCGUCCGCAGAUGAAUGGAUAAACAAAAGUGAGAACUGGUGGACCUGUGAGCAGACCUGUUAGAUGAAGCACAGGCUGCUCUCUCAGAAGACAGACAGGGACUCCACUGUCCAAAUGGAGCAAGAGUAAGUCAAAGCUGGGGCGAGCGCCAGAGUGUCUGAGGUCCAGAGAGCACACACAGGGAGAGGGAGCGCCUGGCUGGGGGCAGGACAAACAACGCAGGGCUUGGCUGGGGAAUGCUGAGAGUGCAGAGGCUGCCUCCGGUGGAUAAGGGUGGGCUGGCUGGGGGCCUGGGCUCCCCUGGCUCUGUCCCCAAGAGGGAGGACGGAGUGGGGCUGGGCUUGCUCCUGAGACGUGUGCUGGGCUGAGGGGACCCCUGGGGGACCCCUUGGCGGCUGGUUUCUCUGGGCCUUGGCUGCCGCAGGCACCUUCCCGGGGCCCCAGCUGUGCGAGGCUGCACAGGGUGUUCCUUUUCCAACUGCAGACCAACCCACCCGACAGGUUUGCUGAUGAGCGAGCGCCCAGGUCCCAGGCCAAGAGGUGUGUGUGAGCGGCAGGCACUCGGCAUUCCAGGCAGGCACUCGGCUCGGCUGCAGCUCUGCCAGCCGCUGGGAGGCCUCGCCGUGGCUCUCGGAAGUGCAGUCCCAACUUCAGGAUCAAGCAGGGAAGGACCUGGAGUACGAAGCCCCUUGGGGCCCCAGAAGGACUCUGAGCAACGAUGAAAGGGUUGCCCUGCCCCUGCCUGUGCCCUGCCCACUUCUGGCUGCUGGGGUCCUGCUUCAUGGCUGAGGGCUCGGGGGCUCGGGCCCUGGGGAAAGGGCCCCGUCCCAGCAUCCAGCUCCUGCGGGCCCAGUACCAAGACCUGAGGCAGCAGCAGAGGGCCCAGGCGCACUUCGUGGUGCUCCCGAAAGGAGGGAACACGUCUGCUCCUGCUGAAUCCAUGGUCAGUGCUGUUUGGAUUAACAAGGAGAGGAGGCACUCACUGUCCCAGGACAAGGUGGACCCUGAGGCAGCGGGGAUGCUGGAGGAGGCGGACAGUGGCUAUCUGCAGGUCCCUAGGUCUCCAUGGCACACGCACCUACAGAUGUACUGCUCGGUCCAAACCUUCCACCAGGACGCCAGCCAGCAAGUCAAACACCAAGGCGUGUUCCCGGGCUCUGAGCAAAGGCUUCCUCAGGAGAGAGACUUGGGCUUGUUGGAAAGCAAGCAGGUGACUCAGCAAGAGACCACGACCCCAGAGGCAGCCCAGCAUGAAUAUCAAGUAGACCAUCCCCAAACAAAGACAGUGGGGUCCGGCUUCCACAACGGCCUUCAACGUCCUUCCUCCAUCAAGAACCCACAACGGCCUGGAAAACCAGUGCACUAUCCAUUUCCCCAGAGGAAAGCGCCCAGGAUCUCCCAAGCUGCCCGGAACCUGGGCUUAUAUGGCGCCCCCUGAUGCUUUCUCCUCAGCCAGAUGUCCUAGCCUUGAGGCCAGCUCUGGUCUCAUCACAGAACCCGGAGGCAGAGCCACCAGGGGGACCCCUCGCUAUGAGCAGAACUGGGCUACCUCACUGGUAGGGAUUGUGGGAAAUGAACUUCACAGUGGGCACAUGGUCUUGUCCUUCAGAAAAGAAGAGCUUGCCCAGAGCAGAUGGCUCACAGUUCAGGAUGAAAGAGCUCCCUCUGACCCAUGCAGCCUGUUCUGCUCACACAGGAAGACAUUGCUACGUUGCUGGGGAGCCCUGGAGGCCCGUUCCUUAGGGAGGUCCAGUAGGACACCUGCUCAGUCCCUAGAACCAGGGAACCAGUUUGAAACAUAAAAAACAGGGACCCUGGCCAAUGGGAUGCCCUAGCAGUGCCCCGGAGUCAACGAACAUGGACAAUCUGGUUUCCAAUAUCUUCUGGUGAUUUCUCACAUGUUCUGCAGAAGAUGGGCUCUGAGGAUUGGCUUUUUCUGGUUGCUCUGCCUGGAGGCCAGCUCACUUACAAGUCACUACGUUCACUGUAGUGACCACACCAUUUCAGCUUGAGCUUCCCAAAGUAUGGUCACCCUGGGUAAAGUGGGGCGGAACAAUGCCACCUGCCACUUUGUGUUUGAGGGGUCUUUGGAAGGGUUGGUCACCUCUCACCUCUCACCGAGACUGCACAUUCCAGUGUCAUCACACAUUUACUUCCUCCUGUCCUUCCCUUCCUCACUCCCUUUUCCCUCCUUUCCUUUCCUUUCCUUUCCUUUCCUUUCCUUUCCUUUCCUUUCCUUUCCUUUCCUUUCUUUUCCUUUCCUUUCAUUCCUUCCUUCCUUUUCUUCUUUCCUUCCCUUCUACUUUUCUAGUUGUCUGUCGUCUCUCUCUUUUCCUCCUUCCCUCUCCCCUCUCUCCAAAUUGAAUUAGUAAACACUGCCAAUCACUGACAAUCUAUAGUAAUAGCAGCCUGAGCAGAAGCAGCCAAAGAAAUGCUCCUGCUUAGAAAAUGUGUUUCCCACAAACUGCUCCCUUUUCAGCCAAAUGUGGGUCAUUCUGGUCCUUCUGGGAUGUUGUAAACCUGAGAGAAAGUACAGCAGGUGUUACUUGGGUGUGAUGGGGAGUAAAGUAUGUCUUUCCUGGUUAAUGUUUGACUCCAGUAAUGAUAUUUAAACACAUCUAAGGUGCCUUUUCCUCAUAUCAAUCCCUCUCUGCAAAGUUUCACCCCUACCCCCACCCCCACACACCCCAUGGCACAGUCUUGCCUAUCCCCUUCCAGGAUUGUCAUUACAAGUCAAAAAUACAUAUGUGCCUGCUCCUUGGACCAUCCAGAACGCACUCCAAUGUGGAGAUUCACUGUGAUUCCUUUUGUGAAUAACUAAUAAGAGCUCGUUGUUAAUUUUUUUCAUUGUUAAUUUUUUAAUAGUCUAAUGAAAAACAAGAAA